AUUGGGCAAAUUAUUGAAGGUGAUCUGGUGACGGGAAGGGGUUGACAAACAACGCAAACAUUUCUGGAACUUAUCUUGAUGGUUGAUCGAUUACUAGCUCACAAAGCCGCCAUCAGAAGACGAUACAUAAAAUAUGGUUCUUCGAUACUGGUAGGGAUAUGAUAUCUUGUGAAGAAUCCACCUAUUGCUGGAAGGCAGCUGUACAGACCGCACUGCCACAUUGUAAUUAAGCGUACCAUUACAUUGUUGGGAUCGAUCACGCCGGUACAUGCAUUUUCAUGGGUUCCCAAAUUGAGUUCGGAAACUCUUGGCAGACGACUUUCUGUGUGGCCAGCAGACGACAGUGAGAAAGCGCGGGAAAGGGACUAAUAUUGAUUGUUGGGCGUUGGCUGUACGCACCGGACACUAUGACUCCCAGCCCAGGCUUGCCCAUGGUGGAUGGAACAACUAAAAUAAUUGAAAAACCAAAAUCUGAACAUGAGCGAGAAUCAUGGGGGAAGAAGACCGAGUUUCUACUUUCAGUCAUUGGAUUUGCAGUGGAUCUUGGGAAUGUCUGGAGGUUUCCCUAUAUAUGCUACAAAAAUGGAGGAGGUGCCUUUCUUAUCCCGUACAUUGUGAUGCUGAUAUUUGGCGGUCUACCUCUGUUCUACAUGGAGUUGGCCCUGGGACAGUUCCAGAGGUGUGGCUGUCUCACUGUGUGGAAGAGGAUAUGUCCUUGUUUCAAAGGUAUUGGGCUGUCAAUCUGUGUCAUCGCCCUCUUCGUGUCCUGGUACUACAACACCAUCAUAGCGUGGGCGGUGUACUUCUUCAUCUAUUCCUUCCGGGCAGAAGUUCCGUGGCUCAGCUGCAACAACACGUGGAACACGCCCAACUGUACCACAUUCAGCGAACGCAUCAUCGCUUGCAACAGCACCAAUGCCUCUUUGUGUGCCCUCAAGUCAGAUGACUGGACAAGCGCUGCGUCAACAGAAUUUUUUGAGCGAGAGGUCCUUGAGCUUCAGUUUUCUGACGGAAUCGGGAACCUUGGGGGACUGAAGUACACCAUCACCCUGUGCCUGAUGGGGGUGUUUGUACUUGUCUACUUCGCCUUAUGGAAAGGCAUAAAGAGCUCAGGCAAAGCUGUGUGGAUCACCGCUACCCUGCCCUAUAUUGUACUCUUCAUCCUCCUGAUAAGGGGCUGCUCACUGCCCGGCGCCAUGGAUGGCAUCAGAUACUAUCUCACACCUCAGUGGGAUCGUCUUAAAGACCAUCAGGUUUGGGUGGACGCCGCGUCGCAGAUUUUCUUUUCUCUAGGACCAGGGUUUGGAGUCCUGCUUGCCUUGUCUAGCUAUAACAAGUUCAAUAAUAACUGUUACAAAGACGCCUUGAUAACGAGCGCUGUGAACUGUUUUACAAGCUUCAUGGCUGGGUUCGCCGUGUUCUCUGUUUUGGGGUAUAUGGCCAAAACUCAGAACAGGGACAUAGACAAGGUGGCACGAGCAGAUGUGGGGUUAAUCUUUAUAGUAUAUCCUGAAGCCAUAGCAACCAUCGAGGGGUCGUCCUUCUGGGCCAUCAUAUUUUUCUUCAUGUUGAUCACGCUUGGACUCGACACCACGUUUGGGGGCCUGGAAGCCAUCAUCACGGGUAUCCUGGACGAAUGGCCGGCGUUGAGGAAGAGACGGGAGUUGUUCGUGGCGGGCCUCAUCUUCUUCUGCUUCCUCGGAGGGCUUGUCACCACAACAUACGGAGGGAUCUACGUCAUCCAGUUGUUCGACACAUACGGAGCUCCAAUCUCGAUCCUGCUUGUCGUUUUCCUCGAAGCGGCUGCCGUCUCCUGGAUAUACGGUACGAAGCGGUUCAGUCAAGACAUUGAGGCUAUGCUUGGAGCUCCACCUGGGCCCUUUUGGCGGAUUACAUGGACCUUUAUCAGCCCUGUAUUCUUACUGUGCCUGUUUAUCAUGUCGCUGUAUAACGCCCCUCAACCCUCCUACGGAACCUACACCUACCCCUAUUGGUCUUUAACCGUUGGCUGGCUGAUUGUAUCUUCAUCCAUCGCUUGUAUAUUGAUAUACUUCAUUAUACACGCCGUCACUACAACAGGCACAUUCUCAGAGAGGGUCAAGCAAAUGAUCUGGCCAAUGGAAUCUCCAAAACACCUGAGUGAAGCUGGAAUCCCUGUGUACCUUUGAGUAAUGAUGUCAUAGUGCACAUUGUGUGAUGACGUCAUAAUACCACAAUGUGAAGACGUCAUAUUUGUACGCUACCAUGCAUCUGAUAUACACCGGUUUUGUUAAAGGUUCAAUUGUGUCUGAAAACACCAUCAGGGGAUAGAAAGACAUAUAAUUGUUCCUUUAUUAUGGCAACGAUGCCAAGGACUUUUCCCGACAAACCCUCAUUCGAAAGGUUGUCAGGUUGUGUAUAAAAAACCUACGCGCAUGAUAGUGUUUGUAGUCAAGUAGAAAUGGAGAAUGUAUAAAAUGUGUGUUAGAGACACUGUGUCGCUCUGUAAGUAUAUUGAAUGAUAUACUGUAGUAUACUGUACAAAUGUGAGUAAUUUUGUACAAAUAACCUCUGUAUUUGUAAUAUUUUGUACACUGUUUUAUAAGCAAAUUGUGUGUAGUAGCUGAAGUGUAGAGUGUUACGCAGGCACGGAGGUAUUCGUACCUCUGGUGGUCCAAGCAUCUUCCACUGGGGUCUUUCGUUGAUCCAAGUAUUUAUUCCCGGGAUCCAAGAUGAUCCAAAUGUCCUGUAGCUUCACAUUUAUACCGCCGAUCUUUAUAAUUCCAAACAACACCUCGGACAUAAAUUUUAUUUCGUGAUUUUGAUUAAUUGCCAAGCCAUGGUGACUUGAGUGAGGACGAGGGAUCUUGAUUGAUUCUGCAGAUCAGCCGUGAUUCUGAAUAAACGCUUCAUCAACACUGCUUCCAAGAAAUAACCCCAAUCCACUGCUUGCGUUCUCUAUCUAUGAUCCAUCGUGUUUCCGAUUAUUUACCCCGGAUCCGCCGUAUUUCCUACUAAAAUAUCAGUUCCACAAUGUUUCCUUCUAAAAUAUCGGAUCCAUCGUGUUUCAUACCAAUAUCCCGGAGCCCCCUUUAUUCCUACUAAUAUUCUGGACCACCGUGUUUCCUUCUAAAAUAUCGGAUCGACCGUGUUGCUUACCAAUAUCCCGGAGCCCCCGUCUUCCUACCAAUAUCCCGGAGCCUCCCUUAUUCCUACUAAUAUCCUGGACCACCGUGUUUCCUUCUAAAAUAUCGGAUCCACCGUGUUUCCUACCAAUAUCCCGGAGCCCCCGUUUUCCUACCAAUAUCCCGGAGCCUCCCUUAUUCCUACUAAUAUCCUGGACCACCGUGUUUCCUUCUAAAAUAUCGGAUCCACCGUGUUUCUUACCAAUAUCCCGGAGCCCCCGUCUUCCUACCAAUAUCCCGGAGCCUCCCUUAUUCCUACUAAUAUCCUGGACCACCGUGGUUCCUUUUAAAAUAUCAGAUCCACCGUGUUUCCUAUUAAAAUAUCGGAUCCACUGUGUUUCCUUCUACUAUCCUGGACCCCCCGUGUUUCCUACUAAAAUUCCGGAGCCACCGUGUUUCCUUUUAAAAUCACUGAUUGUUUACUUACAAAUAUCCCGGAACACCGUGUUUACAAACAAACAUACCAGAUCCACGAUGUAUUCAAAUUAGAAUCUGGAUCCACCGUGUUUACUAUUUAUACCCAGGAUCCGACGUGUUUUCUAUGAAUACCCCGGAUCCAGUGUGUUUCCGAUUCAAUCUCACGAUGUACCCGAGUCCAGUCAAAACAGGACAUGUCAACAUGGUAACAGGAAUGAGCUGGAACCGUUAUCUGACCAAAGUUCCUUGAGAACUGGGCUGUCAUGUGAGAUUUAAUAACGUUGCAUGUGUUUUGUUUUACAGCUCCAACUUAGAUAUCAUUACACAAGCGAUGUGUUAAAUUGAAGGGUUGACGUGUUUAUAUUGCUAGUGUUCUUAUGACAAAGAUUUUGUUUUGACAUGGCACUGUUUAAAUGUUUGGGUGAAAUCCUUUUCUUUCACAUUGUAUAAUUCUCAAAGGAGUAUGUUGCUGAACUGAAUCAAAAUUGACCUUGGUUAAUGAAACAACACAUGAACAACGUAUAUGGGUUUCAAUAUCGUAGGGUCUGCAUCACCCAUUCUUGAAUAAAGUAUUGUGUAUAUAUUAAGUAUUGAGUAUUAAGUGCAAGUAACAGCACAUCGGUCAUGCCUGGUAGUACUAUGCUGUUACUUCACGUGUACAAUUCUUAUUGUCAGGCCACAUGGUUUUGUAUAUUGAUGAACGGGGCUUAUGGUGAUAAAUACUGGUCGAUGGAAGAGGAUAAUGAUCAAAAAUGCAUUUUUUGUUGUUAUUGUUUCAAAAAGGGUCUUAGAAAUACUGCCAUAUGAGUUGUGUCAGUAACCUUGGUCUCGUCGGCUUGGCAGUUUCACCUUUUGUAUAGUAAUUUAUUUUCUUUCGUGGUGUUGAUAAAACAAACUGGCACGAUGAUUGUCACUGUUUAUUAUUGAGGGUCACGCGGAAUAGGUAAACUCCUCCUUUCAGAAAAAAUAGAAUUGCAUGUUUUAAGUAAUGACCGAAAAGUACCCUAUCUCUAACAACCCCCACCCUCUCACCCCCAUAUAUAUUUGAAAGUAGGUUCCUUAAAUGAAAUUUCUGAUUUCCUUAGAUGUAGAUCCUUACUAGUGAUAGUUGCGUGACGAAAUUAUGUCCGGAAUAUUUAUGUAAAUGUGCGUAUGUAUAUAUGUUAGGAACUGUGUAAACAAGUAGUAAACAGACGUAUACUAGCAAUACAUUGUAAAUAACACGCGUAUCUUGUCGGUGGAGUGGGAAGAAGGAUAAACACUAGAGUAAAAAAUAAAUGCUACUAUACAUUGAACAUCGUCAAUGCUUCAUAGAUUUGUAUACAUUACUGUCAUCAAUAACCCGUGAAAAGGACAGCUUUGUCGUGUGGUUGCUAUUUUUGACCAACGAAUUGUUCAAGCGGGAGGGAAGCCAGCGAGUGCUCCGACCAAUGAGCGCUCAGAUUACAUCGGCGAUAUGUCUCGUGCAAAACGUGUCGUAGCCUUUAGGCCAGCUACUCCACACGUCGCUUCAAUACCCGGCACCAGGUUCCAGGAAGUUCAUACAUGAGGCAUGGCUAAUAUAAAUUCCGUGACUUUUGCAAGCCCUCAUUUCAUUUGCCUUCUUCAAUUUGACACAGGACACAACUACGCCACAAAGCGGCUAUAAGUAAUCUCCGAGGAUAAAUUAACCUAGAGUAUACAAACUCCUGACUAUUGACGAUGUACAUUAAGCAAAGACUGUCAACACUAAAUAAUUCUGUUUCUUUCCAUCUGUAACAAAAAACUAUGAUACUCGGUUUACUCCUAGCAUCUAUUCAUAAUGAAGGAAAUGAUGCAUAAACUGUGAUUACUAUGUCGUUUAAGAAGCACUAUAAUCAUGAUAGUUUAUGUUUUUUAUAUCCUUUGGCAAUUCAUAGACACAAGAAAAGCUGACCUUUAUAUUAUCAAUUUUGAAUAAGUAAACAUUUUGAAAUGCAAUAUCGAAAAAAAAUGAUUUAAAGUAUUAAAAUCCAGACUGGUCAAUACCUUGGAUGGAUAACUUUCAGAGACGAGAUACAGACGUGAUGACGUUCAUUGUUGAUGUUUCAUAAAGUUGAAGUUUGUUCAUGACGUUGAUGUUUGUAUAUGAUGUUGAGUGUGUUUGUGGUUGAUGAUGUCUGUUGAAUUUUAUACGAGUGAGAAAAACGGGGACUUUGUAAACAUAUAUACCUUGUUGUUGAUUAAUAUUGUGAUGAAGCUUACGCAUGUGAUGAACUGUAUUUACAUACAUGUAGAGUUUUGUUACGUGCCUUAGAUCUUCUAGACUUUUAUUCCCACUGUGUAGGACAUAAUGCUUCAUUGAACGUUCUUGACUUAUGUCCACUCAGCAGACCGUUGACGUGCAAAUAGGAUCAGACACACAGUUGGCUAUAUAUUGCUGCUGAACUACAUCUUAUUAUAUUACUGAAGGAAUAUUAAUAUAUGACAAAAUAAUUAUAAAUAUAUCUUCUAUUUGUUGGACAAUUGUUAAACUGAACUGUUGAUUGAUAUAAUAUACUGAUAAUUUUGUGUUAGUUUCAUAGUUUAUAAAUAUAUAUAUAUAGGCAUAUAUAAAUCUUACAUUUGUAAGAAAAUUGUUCAAAUGAACUGAUGAUAUUUGCUAAAUUUAUUCUAAUUUCGUGUCAGUAAUUAAUAAAUUGCACAAAAAUGUCUUGUGUUCUGAGCACACUUAGUUUGCAAUAAUCAUUGUCAGAAUUUGUUAAUAUACAAAGACCAUAUGACGACUGUGUCUUCUGUGUAUAUGUUUUGAAGCGACCCCAGUCGUCUAAGUGGGUUCGAAUCCUAGAUUUGUAUGAUCCAUUAUUAUAACUAUUAAUUUGUCAGCACCAUAGUCGUACUCGUGGUCUUUACAAAAGUGGGAAACGUUUAGAACCUGCAUCACUUUGGGCUUUCUGUCCAUGUUGAGCUGACACGCCGUGAUGUAACUAGUCAAGUAUUUCAUAUGUUGUUCUCAAUGGACUAUCGUUUAAGAUUUAUGUGUAGGGGUAGCGACAGCAAACAGCUUGUCCUUUAACGUCUCCAGCUUACCAAACAGUCAUCACACACUGAUUUCGUUCGGUUCUUCAUAAUGGUUAUUGUCAAAUAUUUUUGACAAUAGUUUGAAUAUACUCUUGUUUAAUUCAUCUAUAUAUUGUGUUUAGAGAUGAUAAGAAAUACAACAGAAAGGCAUACGGAAUAUAUACAACAAUUGUACCGAUUUGUUUAAUAAAACUGCUUGUUAAUGAUAUAAGAGACUGUCGCGUGUACAUUUAUAAUGUACAAAAUAUACAUUUCAUCUGCCAAGAAAACAAUACAGUCGCUAGCUUCGAGGAAUAUUGCAACUUGACGAGACUAUUAAACGAAUUGUGAAAUCAAUACUUCUUCACAUACAUAUUAAUUAGUGCAAUAUAUGUAUCGAGCUGAUCAAAUAUUUACCAUCAAUACGUCUGUAUUAUUAAUGGUUUCCUCUGUUUCGUCUUAGAUUUGCUUGGUGUUGAACUAUUUCACGUGUAAAAUGUUUGAGUUAUGUUCUGUCAGUCGCACAAGAGAAUAAUCUCCUUCUUCUAAUGCAAGCACGGAUACAUAUUACCCUUUUUAUUGUGUAAACUGCAGAUUUCUUCAGUGUGAUUUAUAUCUAGAAGAGAUAGUGUAUUAUGAAUGUGUCUACCGCACUAUAAAUAAUACGCACAUUUAGAAAAAGAACAUAUUACGUGGUUCGGGAGUUACGCUUUGUGUUAUUUGUUAGUUAAGCUUUCAUACUCUUUUGUAAACACACUGGUUCAUAUAUAGGGUGUACACAGCACUUUACUUGUAGUGUUGUACACUGAAUGAAAUAAACUGUAUGUUGUGGAAUGUGAUAGGGAAUACAUGUUAGAGAGAAAGUAGAUGAGUGUUAGUUUAGUUACUAUGACAACAAUGUAACCAAGCAACAGAAACUGUUUGUAUAUCCUAGAAACUGUGAUACUGUUAGAAUAAUAAAAGUUGUUAAGAAAACA